AUGCGCGUGAUGAGGAAUAGAUCCGUCGAGUCGAGUAUACACAAGAAAGGAAAGAAGGACGCAUGGGAUAGAAUUAGCGAAAGGAUCGGCGAAUGCCUGCGACUGGAGAGUAUGAUCUCGCGGUUAACAAUUCAAGAGGACAAGAAAGGAAUGAACGCAUCAAGAAAGGAAUACUAUUACAAGGCGGGCGAUGAAGCAAAAAUGGAAGCAAUGGACGUCGAUGGAAUGCGCCUAGAGAUCGUCGGAAUCGGCUCGGCGAUGCUGAGGGAUGAGGCCAUGCAUUUGGCAACGGCGGACCGUCUCCCAGACGUCGUUCUGAAACGACUCGAGGGACUCCUGGAUCUUCUUAAUCGAAUUCCGUACGGCGGUCGUUCCGCGUCGCGCGUUGACCGAGUGUUCCAGCAAGAGCGAUUCGACGUGCUCGAGACGUUCCAGGAAGGCGUCGAACUGUUCUUCAGUGGUCCUCCCGUCCGUCGAGCGAAAGAGGGCCGUCGGAUAGACGGGCCCGGCGAUGAUGCUGGUCGCUGCGUCG